AUGGCCGAGAAAGACGCUACCGCCAGGCUUCGACGGGCAGUCAAGGAGAAUAACCUCUUUUUGGUCAAGAGGCUCAUUAAGAGGACGGAUAUGAGGAAUCCCGACCCUAUGAACAAACGCUACACCUCCUUGGCAUGGGCGGCGGUGUUGGGUCAUGAAGAGACCUUUGAGUUCCUCUUGAGUAGCGGACAUGAUGAUCGGGAAUACAGCAAGGAUUCGGAUAACAACACGAUUCUCAUCCUCUUGGCCGACGCACGGCCUCCCAUCACAAGUCCAUACUCAUCGGGCCCCAGCGAGCAUGAGUUCUUGAGCGCCACACUAAGAAUGGCGCGAUUAUACUACGACCGCUAUCCGGACAUCCUCGAUUGGGCGAAUGUAGAUGGAAAGACGGCAUUACAUGUGGCAGCACAGAGAGGCAAUGAGGAGCUAGUGCGGAUGUUGUGUGAUCUUGGGGCAGAUUAUGAUCUUGCAGAUAACGACGGCAAUACCCCACUUCAUUAUGCUAGCGCUUGGGGGCACAUACCGAUUGUGCAACUUCUCAUCGAGCGGGGUUGCCAAUAUCUGGCGCGGAACAACGAGGGUUUUACUCCGUCGGAUUAUGCCUAUUCGACAAGCACAAGAGACACUCUGCAGGAUACGGCGCGGGCCCAAUAUGAGCUCAACAAGAAAGCCCGCCGCAACGUGUAUGCUCAAGCUGCUGCAAGAGGCAAUGAAUGGGGCUCAGUAUAUGAUCAGCUGAGCGCUCCUCCUUCACGGUCGUCCAACUAUGCGAACCGGAAUUCUCGCAUGCGAAGUGGGUCCGGUACGAGUCGCACGACAACAACAUCUGACAGUGACAAUGGUGGCGUGCAGUCAAUACGGAGCCAUACCUCGAUCGCGUCCUCAUUGUCCCCAUCACGGAAACCUUCUCAAUUGCCGUCCGGAUCAUAUUCACCUGCCCAGCCGUCCACCGGCUCUUCGUCUUCACCUUCACCGCAGAUGAACUCCACUGCGACCACGCUGGCACCUAAUCCCAUUCCUGCAUCCGCCUUGUCCCCGAUCGCUAGCCGUAUGCGAGAGAGGGACGCGGACGCGAUGGAGAAGUACAAAAUGCGGCAACGCAGCGGAAGUGCGACCACCGCCUCUACUGAUACCCAUUCGCAAACCGGUUCCCCGGCUUCAGCAGCGACCGCCCCCAACGGAGAUAAUGUCAAGCCGCUCAACUCGCUGAUGACGGUAGGGUCUGUUGCUCCGCGACGAUGGCUUCGGCCGUCAGCUUCUGCUGCCCAACUCCGCAGUAGUCCACAGCCUUCUCCGUCUCCACAUAACGCAUCACCGCCCACGCAGGAUGUACUACGACAUCGAUCAGGCACCAGCCCUGCGACGCUGCAGCAGUCUACCCCUCCUACAUCACCAUCGCGCUCGCUCGAGUCUGCCGUCUCAACACCCACACAGGGGUCCUCGCGACCAACUCUUCGCCGACGGGAAGACUACUUGUCUCAGGAGUCUUUCAUCGGACCUUCUAGUGAAUACGCCAAGUUCCCUUCGCCGCCACUUGAAGAACAGCCUAUCGAGCGCACCCGUACUAUCACUCCGUCUACCGUGACAUCUUCGGUCACACCGCCCUCCUCUUCUACCAGCACGCAUACGCGCCGUUUACCCUUCAGUCUGCUUUCAUCUCACAAGUCGAGCUCCGACACACAUUCGACCGCAGGCGGUCACCGGAGAAAUGCAUCUAUAAACGCCACUGUCCGAUAG